UGUACGUUUUGCACCGCGAAUAUGGUAAAAUGAAUUUCACACUUCAUUUCAAGCUUUCAAGCCGCCUCACGUUUUGGAUCCAGUGCGCGCGACACUGCGAUACGUGACCUGCGAUAGCUCUGAAUUUUAACCGUUUUAAUUUUGAAGAAUAAGCAAAAUGCAAACAACUGGAAAGGCCAAACGAGACUGCUUGUGCCAUUCUUGAUGUGCUUUCAAGCAUCGAAAUUUUUGUGAGCCGAACAUUGGUGUUAGCAGUAUGAGAGCGAUCUGCAUUCUAAUAUCUCGAUGAUAACGCGUUGCCUUUCAAGAGUGCUUUUUAAGUCUCCUUUUCUUCGAGUAGUAAGCGGUAUGCCUCCGACAGGAGCAUCGGUUGUGCGUGAACCCACUUUCAGCAUCGACGAUUAUGACGCUGUGGGUUUUGACCUCGAUCAUACUCUGGCAAGAUACAGACUCAAGAAGUUGUACAAAGUGGUGUACGAUUCUGUCCGGACGCAUUUGCAUCUAAAAGGCUACCCAGAUUCCCACCUGGGAUCGUACGCAGACGGCAUCAGAUUUUUCCAGAAGGGUCUUAUCGUUGACAAGUGCAAUGGCAACAUUCUCAAGCUUGAUGACAGCCGGGCCAUUGUCAUGGGCUACCACGGCCAUCGCCAGCUAACAGAUGAAGAACUGGACGCAACUUAUGGGCCAUCCCGAACGUCAGCAGCUUUGAAGUGCUUUCCGCACAUAAGAGGAAGCCCCACAAAAGUAGACAUCAGCAAUUUUGUUGCCUUCAACGAUUACUUCACAGUGUCCACACAACACCUGUACUGUAAUCUGGUCGACUUCGUAGAUUCCCGUUCGUCCUACGACUACAAAAUGGCAUGGGAGGACUUGUACAGCGGCUUCGUCGAAAUGUAUCGGCGCGAUUCUUUUCAGAACAAUUCUGGACUGUUUUACCCCACUAUGAAGGAGCGUCCCAACGACAUGAUCCAUCCGUGCUCGGAGACGCUGCUUGCUUGGAUACGAAGACUCAGAGCAGAAGGCAAACGAACGUUUCUUCUGUCGAGUUCCAACGCCGAUUUUGUCGAGGUGCUAGCAAACGCGUGCGUAGGGUCCGACUGGCGAGAUUACUUCGACGUCGUGCUAACGUACGCGCGAAAACCAGGUUAUUUCAUGCACGAUCCACACAGGCGUCCAUAUUAUCGAGUGACCGAUACAUUGAAAGAAGGCGGUGUACUGAAUGGAGAUUUAGUGGAAAAUGGAGUAUACUCGCAAGGCAAUUGGAUGCAGUUGAAGAAGCUGUUGGCUCGUUGCACUGGAAAAGAUCAUCCACGGGCUGUCUACAUAGGCGACUCCAUUACAGACGACGUGAUGACACCAUCGUUGCAUGACUGCUGCGAUACCGUGGCUAUAAUUGAAGAACUAUCCGCUGAAAUGACUUCGUCUCACGAGGCCCAAGUCUAUCUGUCUUCCGACGUGUGGGGAUCAUUUUUUGGUGAAGGAUCGCCUAGUAUGUGGGCGGAUGCCGUGAGCAGGACAGCACGAAUUGCAAUCCCUUCGUUGGAGUAUCUAGCGUGCUUACCUCCACAAGUUCGACUGGACGCAUUCGAUGGAGUUAGUUUUGCACGCGGGUUUCAACCGUACAAACCGAAUGGUCUAAGCAAGCUGUAGUGGUGACCAUUGAUCUUUGCGACGACAAUCAACGUGGAAUCUCGCGUUUUACAUGCGUAGUUACAAAUUAUGCUCAGGGAUAUGCGCGUAGAACAGUAGACAUGCUAUUCUCAUGCGGAGAAAGAAUAAACAAUCUGUUCCACCAC